AUGAAACAAUCGAAAUUACUUGAUUAUCAUGUUUCUAAAUCAACAAAAAUUGAAUUAGGAUUAUUUGAAAAUACAUUGAAUUUUUCUAAUAAUGAUUAUGGAUUGAUUUUAUAUCCCAAUAGAAAAACAUUCCGACAGCAUAUCCUUCCACAAUUGAAUAAUAAUAAUAAUAAUACUAAUGCUACUGAUUCUAUAUUGGUGAUAUCUUGUAUGGAUAAUGAACUUUUAAGAAAUAAUUUCAUAAAUAUUGUUCCAUGUAAGAAUUAUCCUCAAUUGAUUAAAAUUUUACAAGAUUUAUAUAAUUGUAAUGAAAAUUCACCAUAUUUUGAUAAUACUACAACUACAACGACAACGACAAUACAAAUAUUAGAUAAACAUAUUAAUUAUAUAUUAAUUCAUAAUAUUUCAUCAUUCUUUUAUGAUCUUCAAAUAGUAGAUCAAUAUAAUUAUCAAUCUCUUGGAUUUGAACAAUUCAAUCAACCAGACAAGUCUCCACCCCCAGAUCAAGGUAAUAACCAACCAUAUGGCAAGACUGGCAAAAAUACCAAGACUAAUAUCCAGUUUAACAAUGAUGAUAAUGAUGAUGAUUCUACAAAAACCCACGGCUAUUAUAAUUUAUUAUUAACUUUAGUGAAGAAAAUUAAUCGUAAAUAUAAUUGCUUGGUGGUUUUAACAUCAUAUGAUAUUGAAUUUGAUAGUGGAUUAGUAGGAUCAUAUUUAUAUAAUCCUAAUCAUGAAUUACAAAGAUAUACAAAAUUACCUAUUCCAUUUAUCACUAGAUUUACAUCAACUAUACAUAUUAGUAAUGAUGCUAAUGUCAUACAUGUUUUAAAUAAUUCUACUACUGCUACUGCUGCCACUUAUCCCACAUCUGAUAAGAUAGAACAGAAUAAACGGAAACACAUUUCACAUCCUAAAUGGCAAAUGAUUUCAAAAAAUUUAUAA